GAAGGCGGAAGUGCUUGCGGUGUCACGUGACCUGAGUAACAUGGCCGCGGCCCAGUGAGCGUUGCCGGUUCCUGGCGGGAGCUGGUCGCGUGAGCUGUGGGGCGGUCCAGGCUGCGCGUGGGAGAGCAGGGUCCGGGCAAGGUACCCGAGGCGGCGCGCGACGGCAGGACAAGGCAGGAGGCCCGGGACCGUGUAACCCAUGAGCGGGCUCCGGGGUCCGCGCCGUGCUUCACACUCCCCUCGCCCUGGCGCAGCCCGGGCAGCCUCGGGCUAAGGUGUUUCGAAGCUCCCGGGCGCAGCGCGAGCUGCCACCAUGAACCCGGAGAAGGAUUUCGCGCCGCUCACGCCCAACAUUGUGCGUGCCCUGAAUGAUAAACUCUACGAAAAGCGGAAGGUAGCAGCGCUGGAGAUCGAGAAGCUGGUGCGAGACUUCGUGGCCCAGAACAACACCAUGCAAAUCAAACAUGUGAUCCAGACCCUGUCCCAGGAGUUUGCCCUGUCCCAGCACCCCCACAGCCGGAAAGGGGGCCUCAUCGGCCUGGCAGCCUGCUCUAUCGCCCUGGGCAAGGACUCGGGGCUCUACCUGAAGGAGCUGAUUGAACCAGUGCUGACCUGCUUUAAUGAUGCAGACAGUAGGCUGCGCUACUACGCUUGUGAGGCCCUCUACAACAUCGUCAAAGUGGCCCGCGGUGCUGUGCUACCACACUUCAACGUUCUGUUUGACGGUCUGAGUAAGUUGGCUGCUGACCCAGACCCCAAUGUGAAAAGUGGAUCUGAACUCCUAGACCGACUUUUAAAGGACAUUGUGACAGAAAGCAACAAGUUUGACCUGGUGGGCUUCAUCCCCCUUUUGCGAGAGAGGAUUUACUCCAACAACCAGUACGCCCGGCAGUUCAUCAUCUCCUGGAUCCUGGUUCUGGUGUCAGUGCCAGACAUUAACCUGCUGGAUUACCUGCCGGAGAUCCUGGAUGGACUUUUCCAGAUCCUGGGUGACAAUGGCAAAGAGAUUCGGAAAAUGUGUGAGGUGGUUCUUGGAGAAUUCUUGAAAGAAAUUAAGAAGAACCCCUCCAGUGUGAAGUUUGCUGAGAUGGCCAACAUCCUGGUGAUCCACUGCCAGACCACAGAUGACCUGAUUCAGCUUACAGCCAUGUGCUGGAUGCGGGAGUUCAUCCAGCUGGCGGGCCGGGUAAUGCUGCCCUACUCCUCUGGGAUCCUGACUGCUGUCCUGCCCUGCUUGGCCUAUGAUGACCGCAAGAAAAGCAUUAAGGAGGUGGCCAAUGUGUGUAACCAGAGUCUGAUGAAGCUGGUCACUCCCGAGGAUGACGAACCAGAUGAGCCAAAGCCAGUAACACAGAGGCAGACAGAACCCAACCCUGAGGACUCCCUACCAAAGCAGGAGGGGACAGCUAGUGAAGGUCCAGGUGGUUCCUGUGACUCCAGCUUCGGAAGUGGCAUCAGCGUCUUCACCUCAGCCAGCACUGACAGAGCUCCAGUGACCCUGCACCUGGACGGGAUUGUGCAAGUCCUGAACUGCCACCUCAGUGACACAGCCAUUGGAAUGAUGACCAGGAUUGCCGUUCUCAAAUGGCUCUAUCAUCUCUACAUCAAAACUCCCCGCAAGAUGUUCCGGCACACAGACAGCCUCUUUCCUAUCCUACUUCAGACAUUAUCCGAUGAAUCCGAUGAGGUUGUCUUGAAGGAUCUGGAGGUGUUGGCAGAAAUUGCUUCCUCCCCUGCAGGCCAAACGGAUGACCCAGGCGCACCUGAUGGCCCUGACUUCCGAGUCAGCCACUCGGAGCUUCAGGUGCACACCUCCAGCAGAGCCAACAUGCUAACCGCUCCCAGUACCAAAGGCUUAGAAUGCUCUCCUUCCACCCCCACCAUGAACUCCUACUUUUACAAGUUCAUGAUCAACCUUCUGCAGACAUUCAGCAGUGAACGGAAGCUGCUGGAGGCCAGAGGCCCGUUCAUCAUCAGCCCUUCCUUUCAGAUGAAUGGAGGUCUGCCUCUCCUUUCCUGAAGGAGACCCCCACCCCGCCUCUGUCAGAAGCCUGGCAUUAACAGUUGGCAAGUCCUGGAGAUCGCUUCCUUCCACCUGCCCUUGAAGCCUGAAUGGCUGCACCAGUCCAGCUCCUCCUGCUCCUGCC